CAAUGCUAUAAAAAAGCUUACGAAUUACGGUGCCACAUAGAUGACUCAAAGAGAUAAAAGGAAAAAAAAAAGUAUUAGACGGACUGCCCCUAGUUUAGCGCGUCCCAAGCGCGUACCUGUUUUGAUUCUGUUUUGUCUGUAUUUUGAGCGUUAGUUAGAACACGCAACAAACGUCCCGAAAAGAAGAUGAGCUGGCUGAAACUACUGUUUCCAGAUUGUCCAGUGGUUCUAGUAGUCGAGGGGAAAGUGCUAGCCCCACAUUAAUGCGUGUCCCGCACGCUGCGAUUAAAGCGUCUUCGAAAUAACAUUGUUUGAAACGGCUGGUGACGUCACGCGUCACAAACCUCAUGCGUUCGUGAUUCCUUCCUCUGCUCUUCUCCAUUUUUGCCACUGAAACGCCGGUCCUUACACAAAGGAGCCUCAUUUUAUCGGCACGUAUGCUGUGUUUUCUGCGGGAUUUUCACAAAAGUUUGUCGCCUGGAAGCCGGGAAUCGGCAGCAGUGGUGCUGGAGUGAUCAACAUGGGCACAGGAAUGAAAGUCAACGGCUCCUGACUGCUUCAAGAGGGCACCAACAUGGAUAAUUCAGGCCGAAAUGCAGCGUCAAGUCCUGCACGUAACCAUUUUGACGCUGCAGCCCUUUUAGGGGCCUGGUGGUCCUCUGCUGACCAGGGGGGCAUGACCCUAGCCAGCCUGCUGCGCCAGGGCACCUCCGGCCCUGGGCUGGCCAGCAGCUCUAAGCUGGACCAUGCCCUGAGGCAGCAGCAACCCCAGCCACAGCCCAGCUCAUCACAGUCACGCAGACGUAUGAAUGGCUCUCAAGCUCUUGGCAAAAUGCUACCUCCAUCAGCCCACAGCAGAUCAUCAAAGCAUUUGGACCUCCUCCAAGACAGCAUCCUUCUAAAUUCUGUGAAGGAGAAACUGCUGCUGGGCUCUGCCAAAGGCCCACCUGGUUUGUCGCCACCAUUCCUGGGACAAGGUGCUGCGGAGUUGCUAGGGGCAGCGAGCAAGGCGGGAGGGAGUGCAGAAGGGUCGCGGCCGGGCAUCACGCUGCCCCUGGGCAGCCUGGUGCGUGAGCGCAGCAGCCAGCAGGGGCGCCGCAGUCGCAGGGGUCGUCGGGAGUCUGGCCUGGCGUCGGCUGCUGCUGCCAAGCUGGCAGACUGUCUUAUGCUGCAGCAGCCUUCGUCAUCCCCCUCCCGGCCACCAUCGGUUGGAGUGGGCCACCUGUCGGGCUCCCCUAGUCUGUUCCCAAGUCCCGCCCAUUCCUCCCAGGCAGGAUCCUCGUCAUCGAGUGGCAGUGGGGUCAGUGGAGGCACACGCCACUCCCCUGCACCCCCUGCACAUUCUGGGGCCAGUAGCAAUGAGACCAACGCACAAGCUUCCUCCGGUCGGGGGGAUGGGGGUGCCAUGCCGCUGGACCUGUGCGUUAAGCGUAGUGGUGGCACCACAGCUGGCACUGCGUACUUGUCCCCCGAGGUGACACUGACCCCCGUGGGACCACCCGCUAUGACCCCUGGCCCCCCACCUCCACCGCCUCCUCCACCUGCAGCUCACCAGCGGCACAUUCUGGAGACCCUGCCAGCAAGCCUGGGUAGCGGUAAGGGUGGACUGUCCCUUGGAACACCCUUGGGAACAUCGUCGUCAUCGUCCUCGCGGCGGCGGGGCCGAAGGCCACGAAGCUCCCCUUUGCUAUCGGACCCGUUGGCAUCCGCGAGGGACUGCAGCCCCAUGGGACUUCUUCUUGGUGCUUUGGCCGCUCAGAAUGCUAAACUGUCUCCAAGGCAACAAGAGUCGUUACAGAGGUUCCAGCUACUCGCAUCCCAAGGUUAUAAGUCGAGAAAUAAUGCCUUGUCCAAAUCGGGGCAUGAGGUUUCUGCUCCAGAGUCGUCACUGUCGGCGUCCCCAGGAGGUCGUCUGGGGUCACCGUCCAUGUCCCUGCCCCCACCACUUGGCGCACCUUCCCCCCUGUCACGUCCUCCGAGUCGUGAGGUACCGCAGCGUCAGGGGACAAAGCGCAGUUCCCCUGAUGGCGAGGCUUCUAAAGAUGUGCACCGGCCACGCUCCAAGCGACAGGAGGUUGAACAUAAUGCUUCUGUUAGUGCUGAUUCAUCUAGUGACUCAGAGUCUGCUGUGGGCGAUUCCCGGUCUAUGAGCGGCACGUCCGACACAGAAGACACUGAAAAAUCUGCUGCAGCCAGCACAUCUAGCAGCAUUCAAGCUUCACUGUCUGAGAGGGUGUCCAAACGUCACACAGAUGAUCAUGAAGGCAUGACAAAGCGGAGGCGAUGCUAUGUGACUAACGAACGGGAAGCCAGAGUCCCUUUGGAGCGUGGAUGGCAGAGGCAGACUCGAAUCCAGUCUUAUGGCAAGUCCGGUGUAAAGGGGGAGGUCAUCUAUAUUGCUCCAUGUGGCAAAAAACUUAGGAGCUACCCCGAAGUGCUCAAGUACUUACAACAGAAUAACAUUACUGACAUUGGAAGGGAGAACUUCAGCUUCAGCUCCAGGAUGAUUGUUGGAACCUUCUUCGAGACCACCAAUGGUGGAGAAGACACUGAUGGCUGCCGGGUUAUGAGUGAAGAGGAGCUGGCCUUGCGCCUGCGCCUGCUGUGCGGUAUGCACACUGUGGGGCCGCCGCCUCUGAUGGCCACACUACCUCCCUCCUCAACGGCGGCAGCCAGGGGUGCCUCACCCCUGUUGGGCCUGCCUGGCCUUGCGGGGAGCUCCCUGGCUGCUGCUGUGGCUGCUGGUUCCUCGAGUGCUGGGGGUUCUCGGAGGGGACGUCCACGCAGCCGCCCUUCCCCGGACCCACAGGAGCGAGUCAUGCAGGAAGCUGCCCUGCUCCAACACAGGCAGCACUUUGAACAACAGCAGCAGCAUCAAGAAGAAGCGAGGCGGCACCACGAGCAAGUGAAAUUGAUGAAGCAGCAAGAACGUUUUGAACGCCUCGAGCAGCAACGCAUCGAGAAGGAACUGCGCACUCAGCAGACGAUUGAGAUCCGCCGCAAAAGGAGGGAGGAUAUAGAGAGACAGCGCCAAGACGACGCUGUUCGCAAAGCUCAGGAAAGAGAAAUGAAGAGGCAGCAAGCUUUAAUCCUGCGAGAGCAGGAGAUGCAAAAGCGUCGUGAGAUGCUUCUUAUGGUUGAUUUGGAACGUGAGAGGAGGCGACAACACAUGCUGCUUGUUCGUGCCCUGGAAAACCGCAAGAAGUUGGAGGAUUCGAAGAAACUGGAUAUGCAUAUUUUGAAGGAGGUCAGGAGACCUGUCGAAGACAUGCUUCUGAAGGACGCUCUUCCUUUGCCAACACUUAAUAGGAUACCUGGACUAAAAGUUCCGGGCACUGCAUUUGCAAAUCUCUUGAUGGUUCGAGAGUUUCUGCAUAACUUUGGUGAAACGCUGCACUUUGAUGUGGACAAGGUUCCCAGCUUGAACUCUCUUCAGCUGGGCCUGAUAAAUCAUGACACCAAGUCAGAACAGCAGUUGCUCAACGUAGUGCAGCACCUGCUCACGUGUGCCAUUCAUGACCCGGGAACACUGCCCUGCAAGGAGGCUAUUACAGUCCUUGGGCAACACAUGAAGGACGCCACAAUCACAAAUGAUACUGUAACAGAGGCCCUACAUCUGUACUUCAUGGCUCUUGACAAAGAAUGUGCUAUGUAUCAGUGGGUAACUGAAAAGCCUUUCUUGGCUCUGAACCCGACACAAAAGUCUGAAAUCAUGGCCUUUCUAUGCAAUGAGCUUCUAUGUAGCCGAGCAGUAGUCCGGCAAGUGGACAGCAGCAUAGAAACUGUGAUCACGUUAAGGAAAGACAAGUGGCUUGCUGAAGGUGAACUACGCAAGCUUAGGAGUACACAACAGAGCAGGCAACGGAAAGCCAUCCUAAAACAAGAAUUAGAAAACAAUGCUGCCGCUGCUGCUGCUGCUGCUGCAGCUGCAGCUGCAAACAGCAGUAGUAGCAGCAACAACAAUAACACCACCACCUCCACCACCACCACCAUCAACAACACUACCAGCAAUGCCACCAGCAACACCAACAGCACGGCUGCCAGCGAGGUGUGCCCGAACCAUGCCACUACCGCAAGCGGCUCGGCGACGCCCACCAACAAGGACUCUGAGGAGAACAGUGUUAAGGGUGAGACAGCCAGUGAGGCUGGUGACAAGGCAAGCAAAAGUGGCCGAGACGAGGAAGAGGACAAUGAGGACCCCGCCAACGACAGUGGCAACGAAAGUGAUGACCCUCAGGAGGCAGACAAUGCAGAAGAGGAAGAGGACAGUGAAUCAAGUCUCACUAAUGAAGAGUUGGAGAAGAGGAUAGAAAAGCUUUCAAAGCAACAGGCACAGUUCCAGAACAAGGUGGCCAAGGCAAGCAACAGCAUUCGGGCUGUAAUGCUGGGCCAAGAUCGCUUUCGACGCCGCUAUUGGCUGCUGCCUGUUGCCGGGGGCAUCUUUGUGGAGGCCAUGGAAUCCUGUGAGCAGGAUGGCAUGGGCGACUUUGUGGCCACCGACUACAUGGCUGACGAGGAUGAUAGCAGCAGUGAGGACUCUUCGGUUGCCAAGGAGGCCACCUCUGCCAAAGGGAAUGCCACUGUCGUGAAGGAGGAGAAGCAAGAGGAAGGGGAUGAGAAGGCAACAGAUGACAGCAGCAAGCCCCCUCUUGCACCUGUGAAGCAGGAGCCUUCCGAGCCAAAGCAGCAGCAACCGGAUGACGACGUUACCGAGGUGGACACUUUGACAACUAGUGAGGUCAAGAAUGAAGUUGAAAUGGCUGAGAAGACGGAAUCCUCCAGCAACAAUGAGGAGCUCGAGAAGGAGCAGAAGGAAGACGAACCGCUCCCAAACUCGAACGAGAAGGGGUCAUCUACCGCUACCAAAGAAGCUUCCUCUGCUGCGGCUGUGCCAACGUCGGCGGCCAACCUCUCUGCUGUGACAACAUCAGCAACCUCUGUUCCAGUGGUUCCAGUGACCAAGGAAAAGAGUCCAUUGCCGGAGCCAACUCUGGAGCAGAGCUGGAUGAUGCAUUCACCCUUCUUUGCAUCCAUUAUUGCGGGCAACAUGCUAUUCAACAGUGGCACAUUCCCAGCCCCUGCUGCCCCGCCUUCUUCAUCGCCGAGCUCAUCACCACAGGUGGCAGCAGCAGGCACUGUAGCGGCGGCAUCCAUGGGGAAGGAUGGUGCUUCUCAACUCCUGGGUGGCUUCACUACUCCUCUGUCGGCAGAGCAGAUGCUGAAGAACCUAGCCCAAAAGAAGCCCAAGCCAUGGUUUAGCCUGCUGCCACGGGUGCCCUGUGAUGAAGGGUCCCUGGCAAGGCUUCCUGGCUCAAAGGACAUGGAUGACGAUGACAUCGAGGAAGAGUCUGCUGUUGGCUCCACAAUGGGCAGCAGCCGAAUUGUGAGUGUGAUAGAAACAGAGGACACCACCAACCAGUAUGACAAGCCACAGCCUGUACCUCCAGAGUACCUGCGGGGCUGGUGGCGCAUCACUGAUUCUGCCCAGCUGCGAACCUUGAUGGGAUCCUUGCACAGCAAUGGAAUCCGAGAGAAGGCUCUCCUGAAGCAGCUGGAAAAGAACUUCAACUAUGGAACUGUCACCUGCAUACCAAACAGCCAGCAGGAUGUUGGCUUGGAGAUAACAGACCUUGACCGGGAAGUGUCUGAGAAGCAUGGAGGGGCCCCACCUCCAGACUACGAGGACCAGUGGUCACCUGAUGUUGCCCUGCGGGUGGAUUUGGCCAUGCUGGCCCAGGUGGAGGCAUUAGAGCAGAGGCUCUUUGGUGCCUGCAUGGAGGUCAAGCACUGGCGGCCCCCACCAAAGGUAUCAGAUGAUCCAUCAAUACAGUACCGUCCAUCCUGUGUGCUGCUCAACAAGAAACUGCUUGCAUCGUCCGAUGAUGAUGAUGAGGAAGACUCCAGUGCGUCUCAAGCGUCUGGUGCACCGUCACCUACUGACUGCAAGGACAAAACUCAGGACAAAGAGGUUGCCGACGCCACCGGGGAGGCGAGCGUUAAUCAAGCAGAUGCCGAUGUCACUGUAGAUGACGCAGAUACGUCGCCGUCAUCACCAGAUUAUAAAGAUGCAUCGAUGGACGACGCUGCUGUGAAGUCUUCGGCAGCUGAGGACAGCUCAAAGCAGCCCAGCCCGGCUCCAGAGGAGAACUAUGUGAAUGCUGUGGAAGUUGCCAAAGAACGGCUGCUGGGACUGGAGGCAGGCAUUGAGAGGCGGUAUCUUCGUCCACCACUAGGGACAAGUGGGAGCAGCCUGCCACAGAUAUCCAAUGCUGGCAGUGGUGGCAGUGGUGGCAGCUGCGGCAGCAGCAACAACAAGAAUGAAGACGACACAACCAGCAAAGGUGGCGCAUGUGGAAGUCCAGGCGAGGAAGAUGAGGAGCCAGUCCUGCCCCCAGGGCUGGUGCGGUGGCGCGAGGGUGUGGCGGCUUGCCAGACGGCUGCUCAGUUGGCCAUGUGCUUCAGCCAGCUGGAGACAUGCAUUGCCUGGGAUCGCUCCUUCAUGAAGGCGAGCUGCCAGUUCUGCCACAGUGGAGACAAUGAGCAAAUGCUUCUGCUCUGUGAUGGGUGUGAUAAAGGCUACCACACCUAUUGCUUCAAGCCCAAGAUGGAUCGCAUUCCAGAUGGUGACUGGUACUGUUAUGAGUGCUUGAACAAGACCCAGGACGAGAAAGUGUGCAUCCUGUGUGGAAAAAAAGGCAAGCUUAUACGCUGUGAUGCCUGUCCAAAGGUCUUCCACCACACCUGCUUGGAACCACCACUGUCCAAACCUCCCAAAGGGAAAUGGUGCUGCUCUGGGUGUGCAAAGAGCCGCAAGAAGGGGCGCCCUUCCAAAGGGGGCAGUCAUGACAAGGACUCAAAUAAAGAGUCAAACAGCCCCAGCAAGAAGGCUGCCGAGUCCUCCUCGUCAGCUGCAGCAGCAGCAGCAGCAAGUGGCUCCAGUUCUUCCUCCACUACCCCUGGCCAGACCACCAAAUCAUCCAAGAGUGGCGAUCGUAGGGAGAAGAACAAGGCUCAGGUGCUCAAGGAUCUGGCUGCUUGCAGGCAAAUUCUGGAAGAGCUGGAGCAGCACAAAGAUGCUUGGCCAUUUCUUGUUCCUGUCAACACCAAGCAGUUCCCCUCCUAUCGCAAAUUCAUCAAGAAACCUAUGGAUGUCAGCACCAUGCGCACCAAGCUGGAGUCAAACCAGUACAAGUGCAAGGACGAGUUUGCCUUGGAUGUGCGGCUCAUCUUUGACAACUGUGAGACUUUCAAUGAGGACGACUCCCCGGUGGGCCAGGCAGGUCACAACAUGCGCAACUUCUUCGAGAGCCGCUGGGAGGAGCUCACCUCCUGAACCCCCUGACCCUCCAUGUCCUUUGCUCCACUGCCACCAGGCACAAACAACCACCCAUCCCAGGGCUUUACCAUUUACCUACACGCGCACCAUCACCACUCCUCAUGAUAUGUUUGUUGUCUCUCUCUCUCUCUCGUGCGUGCUUUGUUUUUUGUUUUCCUUUGGCCCCGCACUUUUUUUUUUGUUACGUGUAUACAUAACAUAUACAUAUAUAUAUAUAUACAUAGUGCUACUAUAUUUAUACACACUUUUUUUACUUCAAUACUGUACGCUAAUUUUUCUCGAAAAGCGCACACAUACGAGCGCAGCCAUUGUCUCUUGUUUCUUUCUUGGGCCAAGGCUGAUACCCAGUAAGGUUGUGGUUGUUACAAUGUGCUUCUUCCUCAUGAGGUACUUAGGGCAGUGACAGGAGCAUUGGUGACGAGAGAGAGAGUGGCGGCGCACUUUGUCACCUCUUUGCACCUUUGGGGCUGUGGCAGCUUUGUGACAUUUAAAGAAAGCAGAGAAGAAACUUGAAAAGCAGCAGCAGCAAGGGUCACAUGUUUGCAAGGACAAUGGGGGGGUGACUCGUGUCAUUUAAGUUCAUGCCCUGUCAGUUUUUUUUUUUUUUUUUUGGUGCAGUUACAUUGCGAGAGGGGUUGUCUUCCUCCAUCGUUGAUGAUGUCUUUCUCUUUUCAUUGUCUCUCAUCAUAGUGGCUCUGUUGUUGUGCGACACAUUUAGUGUUUUAGUUCUGUGUUCUGUUCAUCAAUUGUGAGUGAGGAGGAAGAUGGAACACAUGAAAGAACUGGGGAAAGUGCCUGCAUAAAAACUGAAGACGGUGCAUGUUGCUCAUAACUCUUGUGUUCAUCACAAGAGUGGUCUGGGAAAAAAAAAAAAACUGCGCACUACGAGAAAAAAUAACCCUCACAUGCCAGUGGCUGUCACUGCAGUGCAUAUUUUCUUGCAGUGCUUCCGAAUGUUUCCUGUUUCCCUCCCAUUUCUUGUUGUUUCAUCAUGGAUUACCUUCAAAUGUCCAUCACUAGUACAAUCAUUGCUCCCUCCCCAAAGCUGCAUUUGUUGCACGCUGCCAGCGAAUUUUGCUUGGCCUGUGACCAUCUCUUCCUUUGAGGAUGCUUUGUUUUAACACAAAUGGCUGCCGAGCUAGUGUUACUCUCGGGACAUCAGGAAUGCUGCACUCUUUGGUAAAUGCCAGUUUGCGCUUUUCUGUCUGCGUGUCUUUUCACAGGCCUCUGCGUGUCAUGCUCUUUCACAGAUGGGCGAUAAUAAGCCAACUGCUGGGUUGUACAAUGGCUGCCUCGAGGCCUAUUUCGCAAGGGGGGUUGGGGGGGGGGGGGGGAAGAGAGAGGGAGUGUGUGUUCGCCUUCUGCGCCUCGUUGUUGAUGUUAGCUGUUGGUUCGCAAAGCAUUGACUCAGGUCACUGCUGACCGCACCCGUAAAUUUCUUUUUUCUUUUUCCUCAGUCUUUUUGGCUUUGGAAACUUGGAAACAAAAACAGGGAGACUGUCGGGUAGCGUCUCCUGUACCUUGUGCAUGCUAAACCAUAGAGUUUCUCACUAUAACACCUAUAGGGUAAUCUGGCACCACUGUCUGUGUGAGUUUCCUAAAGGGCGCAGUGCCUUCAUGGAAAUGACGAGAUAUGUGUCUGUGAGGCUUGCGUUGGCUGGUGUUAAACGAGUCUUCAUCUAAAACGUUGAUCAUCAUCAUCAUCAGCUUAUAUUUAUGUCCACUGCAGGGUGAAGGCUUCUCCAUGCGAUGUCCAAUUACCCCUGUCUUGCGCUAGCUGAUGCCAACUUGCGCCUGCAAAUUUCCUAACUUCAUCACCCCACCUAGUUUUCUGCCGUCCUCGACGACGCUUCCCUUCUCUUGGUACCCAUUCUGUAACUCUAAUGGUCCACCGGCUAUCCUUCCUAUGCGUUACAUGGCCUGCGCAGCUCCAUUUUAUCCUCUUAAUGUCAAUUAAAAUAUUGGCUAUCCCCGUUUGCUCUCUAAUCCACACUGCUCUCUUCCUUUCCCUUAACGUUAGGCCUAACAUUUUUCGUUCCAUCACUCUUUGUGCGAUCCUUAACUUGUUCUCGAGCUUCUUUGUUAACCUUCAAGUUUCUGCCCCAUAUGUUAGCACUGGUAGAAUGCAAUGAUUGUACAUUUUUCUUUUCAAUGAUAGUGGUAAGCUCCCAGUCAGGAUUUGGCAAUGUCUGCUGUAUGCACUCUAACCCAAUUUUUUUCUUCUAUAAAUUUCCUUCUCAUGAUCAGGGUCCCCUGUGAGUAAUUUACCUAGAUAAACAUACUCCUUUACAGACUCUAGAGGCUGACUGGCCAUCCUGAAUUCUUGUUCCCUUGGAUAUGGAUAUGGCUACACAAAUAAUGCAUUCUUAAGAUAAAAUCUACAUAAAAGGCUUUCAUCCACCCAUAUUGCAUCUCUCAAUAAAGUUUACUCACCUGCAAUGCAGGAUCAAGCGAAUAAAAGCAAGAACAGACAAGUUGUUUCAAAGCGAGCGAGAAUCUUGUCAUCUGUCCUCCAACUUUAGCGGCCACCUGAUACUUUUUACGCUUGAUGUAAUUGUACAUUCAAUAAUAUGUCCUCAAAAUUAAACAAAACAUGUUAUUGUGUAAUGAAUCGUUGUGACAGAUGAAACGGUGCUAGCCUGGCCCGUCUACAAGGCGUCCUGGCUCUCCGAGAAUGAUGCCAAUCCGAAGUAACAAUAUACCGGCAUUCCCAUGCAUACCACAGCGCAGCAGCGCCAGAUUUCCCUCUAGGUAAUAUAGUGAGAAACUCUUUGUGCUAACCCGUAUGCCUGAGAAGUCACUCUUGUACCUCUAUUUUGUUCACCUCACUCUUGUUCAUCUAUUUGGUGUCCUGUCUUGAAUCAAUCUGUUCCCGUCUGAGCUCAGGACCUUAGUUUGCAACCAGGGUAAAUUCUUGUUGUAUUCCUCAAAAUAUGGGCUGCUAAGUACGCUUCAUUCACUGUGCCUCAUAUGUUUCAUGCUGUUCAGCGCUGUUCUCACAUGAAGCAAAAUGGCGUUUCUAUUCUAUUCUCCAUUUAAAGAAUUGCUUUCUUUUUCCUUUAUUCGCAUACUCACAAUCUUCUGAUUUUAGAACGUACACAUUGCAUAAUGCUCAAGCAGACAUAUGAAUUGCCAUCUUGCACGGUAAUGUAAAGGUAUUGUUUUUAUUUGUUUUUGGGAAGCGCUCUAGUGGCCAUGUAGGCUCGGGGAUGCUUUUCCAUGGCUCGGCAGGGCAGGGGUUGUCUUGUGUAUAGGUUGACUUUCUCGCGUAACUUAUUUAUUUUUCACCACCACUGCACAACAUUGCAAGGAGCGCUGUAGGAGGCAUCUGUACGUGUGUCGCAGUGACCAUAAUCAUUUGGACGGCCAUCCAGUGUGAUGGCUGUGUCGUCUGAAACCCUGUCCACCACAUGUUGUGGCUGCAUAUUUAUAUACUCAUUGAGUUUUUAUGUUGACAGAUUCCCUAUGUAAAUAAAGAUUACACAUUAACAAGGCUGGCUAGGCCGCUGAAAGAAUUAACAGUAAAUGUGAAGAUGUGGCUGGUACAAAAUAACUGAAAUCAAGCAUUUAAAUCAUUACACCAAGGCUAUUUUUGUUUAUCUCCUGUUUUGUGCUGUGGUUUGGUGUGAUGUUCCAACACAUACCACAAGCUGUUAUAGUGCACUCUGCUAGUGCCAUCACUUUUGUAUAGGCUUGCCGCUGGCAAUAAAAUAGUAUUAAUGUUUAUUGAACGGAACUUGCUGCAUGACAGGACAUACCUAGUUGGCAGUUUUUGUUGCAGAAUGUUUGUUUUCUUUGUAUAUGACAGUAGAUGUGCAAAGAAAUGUCGCCAAAACGCUAUUUGCUUUUAACAUUUCCCAGGGUUGAUGCUACCAUAGGCACGAAACCUUCCUUUCUUUUGCCAUUGGCUUACGCUGGAAGGGCUCUCGCGCCUUUUCUGUCGGCUGUCAAAUAUGGCCACCAAACACUGUAGCACAGGUUGUGUACCUUGGUAUGUGGUGUGAAUUCUGCAGGAUACUGUACGAUUUGUUGCUCUAUACAUCUCUGUGAACAAAUUGCAGUCUGGAUCCGUAACUCCAUUUCUGCAUUAAAGGUGUUGCAUUUGCCCACA